GAACGCGACUUGCAAAACUCUCAUCAUCGUCUCCGUCGUUCUCUCUCUCUCUCUUCACGAGGAAAGAGAAAGAAGAGCAGGAAAAAGAAAAAAAAUUACAGGAGAAGAAACGAAACGAUAGAUUCUUCAAGGAAAUGGGGAAAUACACGGAGAUGCUGGACGUCGGUGUGAGAAUCGCGGCGAGGUUUCAUUCACACUGUCCUCAGACGGCUCGUCUCUAUUACCAUCCUCCGUCCGACGGACAUCACCAGCACGGAGUCAAAGAUUUAAUCGUAGGUGGUGGGGUUUUGGGUUCGGGUCAAGAUUCGACCGGAUCCGGAGCUUCUGGUGUUGGUUGCGGUGUCAAAUCUUCUCAUUAUGAUGACGCCAGGGAUCUCUUGCUAUUCUCUGUUGUUUGAAUCUAUUCAUUUAUUUUUAGAACAACAAAAACAUUGGUGUGGGAGAGAGAUUUCAUGAGCGUUUGGUUGUUGUUUUUUUUUUUUAAUAAUUAUUAUUGAGAAAACUAUAUAUAUUCUUGAGAGAGGAUUUGUGAUACUAUUCAAUCAUCUCCAGAUUCCAAAAUUUUCUGGGGAUAAUUUGAUUUUGAUGAUAAAUUGAUUUCAUUCAUUUUCUUGUA